AAUCAACCAUUUUUAUUUUAUAUAAAUUUUUAUAUUAUUUAAAAUUGUCAUAUGUUUAUUAAAAAAUAAUAACAAUUUGAAUUAAAAAACAAUAAUUAAUUUUGUAUAUUUUUUUGUGAAAAUGUUAUGCAAUUUUUACGUUAAAAGUUUGAUUGUUGUUUAUUUAUUUUGUUUGUCAAUGAGUCACAUGGUUUAUAUUGACCAAUUAAAAUUCGAUAAACAUUGAUAAACAUAAUAUAUUUUUUUCUUGUUUUUUCUGUUGAAAAUUUAUGGAGCAAAAUUUUGUCAAUUAUUUAUGCAUUUGUUUGUGUGUUGUAAUUACAUUGUUAAAUCAAAUAAACAAUUGAAAAUUAAAGCCACUAUAAAAGUGAUUACAUUUGAAAGCAAAAUUAUUGAUUAAUUGAAAAUUAAAAUUUACAUUGAGAAAAUUCAAGAUUAAUAAACAUGGACUAUGAAAUAGACAAAUUGAUAACUGAAUUUAAAAAUUUAGUUGAUCAAUCGUGUGUAUCUAUGAAAAAACAUCUUGAUGAAAAAAAUGCUGAAAAAGUUUUUGAUAUUUGUAAAGACUAUCUUGAAAAAAAAAAGACGUCUUUAUUAAAAUCAUUCGAUGAUGAUUCUAAUGAAAAAUUAAUCGAUAGUGAUCACAUUUUUAAUAAUGAAGAAAUUGAUAUUUCACAAGAUGAUGGUGGACCAGAUGAAACUUAUGAUAUUGUUGAUGAGGUUGUCAGAAGUUUUGAUGGCAAUCAUGAUAUAAUGAAUAUGAGUUUUUACAAAGUCAAUGUCAAUGAUGUAAAUAGCUCAGCAUCAAUCGUUAUCGAAUCAGAUCAUGACACAGAUGCCGAUGACAUGCAUGGUGAAAAAUAUUUAAUUAAUAUUGAUGAGCAAUCUUCUGUUACUUGCAGACGUUCAUUUUCCAUGCAUGAUGAUUCAUUUACUCUCCAAAUAGGAGACAAUGAACCUGAUGGUAGACAUGUAACAUUUAAUGAAACCAUGCUAUUAUAUAGUUAUGAAAAUGAAGAAGAAGGAGAAGAAGUAAAUGAUUCAAAUAAAAAAACUGAAAGUACAAAUGAUGAAAAAGAUGAUGAUGAAGAAGAAGAAGAAGAAGAAAUAAAUGAUUCAAAUAAAAUAACUGAAACUACGAAUGAUGAAAAUGAUGAAAAUGACGAUGAAGAAGAAGAAGAAGAAGAAGAAGAAGAAAAAGAAGAAAUAAAUGAUUCAAAUAAAAUAACUGAAACUAUAAAUGAUGAAAAUGAUGAAAAUGAUGAUGAAGAAGAAGAAGAAGAAAUAAAUGAUUCAAAUAAAAUAACUGAAACUACGAAUGAUGAAAAUGAUGAAAAUGACGAUGAAGAAGAAGAAGAAGAAGAAGAAGAAAAAGAAGAAAUAAAUGAUUCAAAUAAAAUAACUGAAACUAUAAAUGAUGAAAAUGAUGAAAAUGAUGAUGAAGAAGAAGAAGAAGAAAUAAAUGAUUCAAAUAAAAAAAAAAAUAAAACUAAAAAUGAUAAAAAUGAUCUUAAUUUGAAUAAAUCACAAAGAACAACAAGAUCACAUAAACAUGACAAGGAAAAUGCAAAUGUUUUAUUGAUAAAAAAUAAAAAAAGUAAUAAAACACCAAAAGAGAAAAAUACUGAUGUUAAAAAUAAAAUUGAUAAUAAAAAAUCUACUUCAUCAAAAAAAAAUAAUAAUAAAAAUGUGAAAAAUAUAAAAGAAAAGCAAAGUAAAAAAUCAAAAACACCAGAAAAAACAGUUGUAACUCGUUCAGCUUCUCGUGAGCGUUAUGACUUGAGACCAAGAGUUUAAUUUUCUUCAUUGGUAAAAAUAGUUUGAUGAUUUAUUUUCUAAUUUGGCUGGUACUUUAAAAGUCAAUAAUAUUUUUCAUCAAUUUAAACAAAAGCAGUAUAUUAUUUAUAAUUAUUAAAAACUUUAAAAUAAAAAAAAAUUUAAUUUAAUAGAGGCAGGAUCCUCAAAGUAAUUUAAAAAAUAUUUUUAUAUAAAAAAAACUUUAGAAUAUAUUUAUUUUUUAUUUAAUAAUCAUUAAGAGAAUUUAAUUUUCAUAAUAUUUCAUUAAAAACAUCUGAUUUUAUCGACAAAAAAAUAAAGAAAAAAACCAAGAUGACUAAUAAAUUUAAAAAAAAAUAA